AUGGCCGAGACCGCAGGCAAGCCGCUCCCCCUCCCCUUCCCCUACACCUUCACGGCAGGCGCCAUUGCCGGUGUCACCGAGUUGCUGCUACUCUACCCCCUCGAUGUCGUCAAGACGCGCCAGCAGCUCGACACGAGCAAGAACCCCGCCGGCAUGGUGACCGUGUUCAAGAACAUCGUCACGCAGGAGGGCCCGUCGCGCCUGUACCGCGGCAUCAUGUCCCCCCUGAUGAUGGAGGCGCCAAAGCGUGCGAUCAAGUUCGGUGCCAACGGCUGGUGGGGCUCGCUCUUCACUAACAACGGCGAGAAGAAGAUGACCCAGGGCCUGGCCACGCUCACCGGCUGCUGCGCGGGUGCUACGGAGUCGUUUGUCGUCACGCCGUUCGAGCUCGUCAAGAUCCGUCUGCAGGACAAGGCGUCGGCCCACCUGUACAAGGGUCCUGGGGAUGUUGUCAAGCAGGUUGUCCAGCAGAAGGGCGUGCUUGGCCUCUACCAGGGCAUGGAGCCCACUUUCUGGCGUCACUGGUGGUGGAACGGCGGCUACUUCGGCUCGAUCUACUCGAUCAAAGCCCUCCUCCCCAAAGCCACGAGCAAGAACGGCGAGAUGAUGAACAACCUUGCGGCCGGUACCGCCGGUGGCUUCGUCGGCACUGUCAUCAACACGCCCUUCGACGUCGUCAAGUCGCGUCUCCAGCUGCACGCGACCGGCGAGUGGACCUACCCCGCACUUAUCCGCAUUGCGCGUGAGGAGGGCAUGGGCGCGCUCUACAAGGGCUUCGCACCUAAGGUGCUCCGUCUCGCCCCCGGCGGCGGUGUCCUCCUUCUCGUCGUCGAGGCGCUCUCCAGCGUGUUCCGGAAGCACCUCGGCCCUCCCUACAUCUAG